AUGGCUAAUCUGUCAGAACUACCCCCAGAAAUUGUUCAGCAUAUCUUUGCCCAGCUUUCAAACGGGCCAAAUUAUGAGCAUCUAGCCUUCCUAGACGAUAGUUUCAAGGAAGGAUUGGCUGCCUUAGCAACGCUCUGUCGGACAUCUCGAGCAAUCCGUGAGCUGGUUGAACGCCAUCUAUUCGACUACGUCUGGCUUACAAAGUACGGCCACGAUCACCUGGUCUCUCUCAUGAGAUAUUGGCACUCACGCCCAGCUUGCGUAAAACAUGUGCGGCGUUUAUGCAUCUCGAUUCAAGCGCCCGAGCUUUCACCUUAUGGCCCAGAAAGCCAACUCACUACUCCUGAUAUUUGUUUCAUCAACGAGGUAGUUGGGAAAAUGGGGCUCAGGAUUAACCCGGAAGGUUGGGAACACAGUCGUCGCCACACCAACGUACUUGCCAUGAUUAUUCCACUAUUGGCCUCAAAGCUACGCAGACUCGAGAUCCAGUAUAUGUGUUACAGGCAAAACCACGAUCCGGAUGCUUCGGACAAACUUCUUCAGAUGGACAAAAGCGGCUUUGCCAACUUGAACAACCUACAUAUUAGAUGCACACCUCAUCCAAGCUCAUUUCCUCUGGGUUUAGUGGAAGCAAUCUUGAAGAAUGCCCCGAAACUCAGAUGCCUCAAAAUUCAGUAUUUCAACGACGUCAGGUUUGAUGAAUCGAAACAUUGGGAACAAAUAACCAGCCUCGCCAUUCUGCAAAGUUGGGUCCCGCAAUUCGAUCUGAUCAACAUGAUUUUGACGCCGACGCAAUUGUGCCAUUUCGAAUAUAGCCCAAUUCCGAUGGAUUACGACGAUAUUUUGGACAUGUUUGACGCGCUGUCCCGGCACAAAGAGACGUUGAAAACUCUUGCAGUCCGAAUCCCGCAACAAGUAAGGGGCCAAUUCGAGAGUCUACCUCUACGCCAGUUUACUAAUCUGGAAACCCUAACGACGGCCUUGCAGGGCGAACACAUUCGGAGAAUCAUGAAGACAAGAAAACAUCGUCACUUGCAAGUCUUCAUAGCAGAUACUUGGGAAGAGAAGGAAGGAGAGCGGAGAUUGACUUAUGAAGCUCGGUCGGUGGGCAAAGUAACGGAUUGCAUCGAGGAAGGGCAUCUCGUGGAAGCGGUCCAGUGGCUGUACUUAUCGUCCUAA